AUGGCAUUCAUCCACUGCGGCUCAGAAGAGUGUGUGAAGUCAGAGCUUGAACUGUUCCAGAUAGCCCUGACACAAACUUGCAUCGAGAAAAGCCUGUAUAUCGAAGUCCCACCCCUAUCAGCCCUUACAGGAUCUGCGCCUCUAGACUUCUACAUAGCUGGUAAUGGGGAAGAUUACAUCGAUAUAAACAAUACACUCCUCUACAUGAAAAGCAAAAUUACUCGAGAAGAUGGCACAGUCCUCCCUGCUGACGCUAGAGUGGCACUGGUGAACUACCCGAUAGCAUCCAUAUUCAGUCAGCUGGAUGUGACCGUCGGAGAUCAGCUGAUCAGCCAGAGCAAUAAUUGCUACCCCUAUAGGGCAAUGAUUGAAACUCUGCUCAAUUACAGCAGGGAAACCCUAGCCACACAAUUUUCAGUGGGUGGUUUUUAUAAGGAUAUGGCUGGCCAGCUCAAAUCCACCAUCCUGACAAACCCCGUCAGCAAGGGGUUUGCCAAGAGAGCAGAACUAAUGGCCAAGAGCAGGGCUAUAGACCUUUUAGGGCAUCUCCACGCAGACAUAUUUUUUCAAGAAAAACCGCUACUAAAUGGAGUGGAUGUGAAAAUCAAACUAACCCGCAGCAGGGACACCUUCUGCUUGAUGAGCGGUGUGGGAGACAGGACACGUUUUAAGCUCCAGAUGGAUUCAGCCUUCCUCUUUGUGAAAAAAGUGAGGGUGUCCCCGGGUGCCCGACUGGCCCAUGCUGAAGCACUGAUGAUCUCCACAGCAAAAUACCCUGUGGACCGUGUCAGCCUGCAACUUCCCAAAAUGGUGGUCGUGGCUCUGGUGUACAAUGAUGCUUUCAGCAGCGGCUUCACCAAAAACCCUUUCCACUUUAAAGAUUUCAACAUUAACUUUGCAGCCCUAUAUGUGGACAGGGAGCAGAUCCCCCCCAAACCCUUCCAGCUCAACUUUGCCGCGGGGAACAACGUGAGAGAAUACAUGAGUUUGGUGCAAAUGGCGGGGAAGCAUCUUCAGGAUAGACCGCUCCUAAUAGAUCAUGACGAGUAUUGGAACGGGUACACUCUGUUUGCCUUUGACCUCUCUCCCGAUUAG